GUACCGACACUACGGCUAAUCCCGCAGGAACUUUCACAAAGACUUCCGACGCGCUCGGUCUGCGGGGGAUCCUGUCCUGCGUUCCCACGGCAGCUGGCGGAGGAGGAGGGCAGCCCUCACCCGGGUAUCCCACUUGUGUUUGCCGUGUGCUGGAUGGGAGAGAAGCCACAAGGGCCUGCGGUGUGGAUCACGGGGAGGGAUUGGCUGAGCAGCCUGGCUACACCCGGCCUCAUGUACCUGUGCAUGUUCAGCAGCACCCAUAGGAGCCCCGCCGCCUCGCAUUAACCUCCCUGCGUGGGAGAGUGCCAUCCACGCGAGGCGUGCCUUCCUUACACCCGGCUGCUGUCCGGGGCACUUGGCUGAGAGGGCAGGGAGCGCAGCGAGGCUCCGAACCCAGCCGCGAGUGCGGGGCUUCCGCUGGUCCACCUUAGGAUGGAGGGCUGCGAGGUUUUCCCCGAGCCGCCCUGGCACUAGGAGGGAACCCGAUGAAUGGGAAGGGGCGCUGAGUGAAUUGCGACUCCCCAGCGGCAGCAUCUACACAGUGCAGAGGAGUCAGGGGACAAUCCCGAGAGAUCAGAGGCCCUGCUGUCAUGGGAGGGGGUGCCUGCGGUCCCCUGCCCUGGGGGUAGGGCAGUGCUGGCACGCAGGGGCUUUCAGGGACUAGCAGGCUGCGCUAUGGGUGCCUGCUGCUGGCUGCAGUAUGAGUAGAGCCCGGCUGCAGCUGGUAUCCCUCUGGCUGCUGCUCAUGGUGACUCUGCGGGCGAGGCUGGCCCACUCAGCUAUGGACGACUCGGAGCGAGAAGGGAACCCGAAGGCGCUCAUCAGGGUGAUUCCUCUAAAGAUGGACAAUGGAGGCCACGGAAACCUCACCCUGGAGGGGGUGUUCGCCAGGGUGGCUGACGUUAACCCUGCCGAGGGCAGACUGCUCCAGUUUCACCCGUUGUCUUUAUGUAACACCAGCGAGGAUGAUCAAGCAAAACCUGGUUUCAUCUCAAUUGUCAAACUGGAAGCACCGGAUCGUGACCCCCAACCAUGCUUAUCCCUGGCCAAUAAGGCUCGAUUGGCAGGGGAGAGAGGUGCUCGUGCGAUACUGUUUGAUAUUAGUAAUGAUCAGGAAGCAGCGAAUCGGUUAAAGCAGCCAGCUGGCUUGAAUCAACCUGUUGUACUGAUCUGGGGACCAGACGCAGAGAGGCUGAUGGAUGUGGUGAACAAAAACAGGGAGGCACUUGUGAAGAUUGAGGUGCAGGAGCAGCCCAAGUGGCCAGAUCAAGACAUCUGGAUUCUGCUGACCAUGGUGGGCACGGUGUCGAUCAUCGUCUUGUGUUCAGUGAUACGACUGCGCUGCAAACCGAGCCCCCCACAGGACUCCGUGCAGCAACAGACUCUAUUGGCCAUUAGCCGUUUGGGUACUAGAAAGUACCAGUCACGGGUAUCAAGGGAACGUCGAGUGAAGACUGCAAGAGGUGGCAAACUGGAAACGGCCAGCACCAGUAGUUCAGUGCCUGUGUGUGCUGUGUGUCUGGAAGAAUUUUCGGAGGGACAGGACUUGCGGAUUUUGCCUUGCUGCCACGAGUAUCAUCUGGCUUGUGUAGAUCCUUGGCUGAGGCAGAAUCGCACCUGCCCGCUCUGCAUGUACGAUAUCCUAGAGAACGACACCCAAUCUCGUCCCUCAGCCAUCACACCCAGUACACAGCCACAUUUGUGGGGCCGGUACCCAGGCAGAGCACACUUCCAGCAUCCUCCUCCUCCUCCUCUUGGAACGCCACUCAUAUACCCUCACCAGAACAAUGGUAUAUUCUUCUCUCGAUCUCCUUAUUAUUUGGGCCCAGGAAAUCCAUGGGAAUUGCCAAUACUUCGCUCUAACCGGCGUGCCCCUGAAGCAGUGAGAGAUGUGGGCAUUACUCCACAGUGCCAGAUAUCCAGCGGGUACUUGCCAGAUGACACUGGCAGUGACAGUAGCUCAGGACAAUGCUCCUCCAGCGAGAACUGUACAGACAUUAGUCUGCGCUGUUUGCAGGGUUCUUCCUCGUCUUCUUGCCACAGCUCCCAGAGCAACCAGGGGGAGUCAUCCUCGCCAGCACUUCCCUCACUUUUUCUACCUCAGACAGAUCUGCCAGGUUUUAACCCUGCCCUGUCCCAAAGUUCUUAUGCCAGCCAUAUUCACUUUCACCAACACCGUCAUCACUACUACAAACGGCCACAUCCCAAUGUUUCCCACAGUAACCCUCACCGAGCCAAGCGGAGGCCAAGGCCUCCUAGGGGGGAGUCUAGGACUGAUCCAGGAUAUAACAGGGAGCACCGAGUUAUGUUAAGAAAUGCUGGAGAAUCAAGGGCACUUCUGACUCACAGAGAUCCCAGGACUCCAUAUUCAAGAACGUCCCUUGAUCACCGGACAAAUAGAGAAGUAAGGCACAGCCAGCCCACACCAUUAUCUCCUUCAUCAGUACAGGAUCCAAAUGAGCCUGAAGGAUCCUGUCCAUUAAGGGGACCUAGGACUGAACCUCCGAUCAGGAGUCAUCGAAAGAAAAGGUCUGCUGCACCUGGGCAGCUUCCUCCAUUAUAUCAUCCACGCCAGUGUUGCCCAACCCCUGGUGUCCAGUUGUGUGAAAGAUCGCAGCCGGGUUUGGCAGAUGAGGUCAGACUUGUACAUCCAAGGGUCAACACUCAUCGUGAAAACACAGCAAUGAUGCACCUAUAUCACCCACCACAUCACAACCAGGGUAAUGGCGAUGAGAUUGAAGCCGUGUGUGAGCAUGCCGUGUAACUGCAGGAAAUGUGAACGCAUUUGGCAUCACCAAACAGUACAGGCUGUAGUAACCGGGGCUUCGAAUCCCGCCUGCAUAUUUCGCCUUUUUCCCAAACUUUCAGCUCCUUCUUUAGCCCCUGAGGUCAUGUUACACCCAGUCCAUUCCCAGGCAGAGACUGUGCAGCUGCUAAAAGGCCCAGAACAUCUGUGCAAAGCUCUGGCAUGAUGCCUUUUUGCAAUUGGACCUAAUGCUUCAGCACAUUCUGUCUGAACCAAGUAACGUCUCAUCGGCUGCAUCAUCUGAAAUCCAGUGGAAUACCUGCCGGCAUCUAUUCACUGACCCCCUGAACCAUCCAUAGAAACAUCAGUCAGAAGACCUUUUGUCAUGUAGCCGUAGAAGACUUGUUUUCAUGAAAACUUCAGCCCUGUGGAGAACUCUGAUUUGUGAAGGUGUUAAUAACCCUUCCGUGAAACAUUCCAUAGGUAUCCCCACUGCAACAGUGGUGGACUCAAGUGACUGACAAGAUAUUACAUUUUAUGCAGGACUAACCUAAAUUGCCAAGAAACCUAAUGAGCCCUGUGCUGCAACUUAUGUGAAUGUUAUGGUUUUCUUUGUAAAUUGCACUUACUAAAGGCUCGCUAAAUAUUGAUCUCACUUAGCAAGGUAACCUGGUGAGGUAGCCUUAAAAAAAUAUAUAAUAAUUAUUGGGCUCACCCAGACUUUACUAUAGUGGCCCAAUCCUUUACAUGUUAGAGUACUGUUUUCAGAUGCCUCCUGUGGCCAAAGGUAGAACUGCAAGUUCAAAAUAAGCAGUUGCUCCACCUACCCCUCAACCACACCUGCAUCUCCUCUCCGAACGUAUAACCACCCUUUAUAUUUAUGUAGCUGCAAUACACGUAGUUGGAUUAAUUUUAAAAAAAUAAUGCACACCUUACUGACCAAAUGUCUUAUUUUUGACAUGCUAUUACAUGUUUAGACAGGUUCAACACUCGUUGCCUAUGUUUUAUAACAAUGACCUUAUGAUCAGGUGCCAACGGUCAGACUAAGGGUUGUCAAAGAGGUACCACAAAAAUGAAAAUAUGAAUGUUAAAAAAAAACCUUUUCUGGUGCCAUUGUGGCUAUACAUUAGAAGCCUCUACCAUACGCUGGUGCUGUCAGUCGUGGCAUGUGAAUCCAAGUCAUAUGUUUGAGACUACAAAACUUCACUUUAUCUUCCUGUGCCUCACAUACUAAAAUUUGAUUGUAUGCUCUUGUGCCUCAAUUCUGCCUUGUACAUAACUUUGUAAAGAAAGGAAAAAAAAAACUUUUGUAUAUUUGUAAAAGUAUUAUAUUUAUAUUUUUGCUGUUCGUUGAAGAACCAAUGAAAUCAAUUUUCCUAUGGA